AUGGAGCCAAGAGCUGCCAGUGCGGGCUACGGGCGGGGCCGCGGCGGAGCCGCUGAGCUGGGAAGCAAGCGCUGCGGGGGCUGGCGCGGUGGGCACGAGCGUUGCCGCGCCGACUCGGAGGUGCGGGCUCCAGGGUUGGUUGCCGCGGGGCUGAUGGCGGGGGCUGGGGGGGGCGGCGUUGGUGCCCGCUGGGAGCGGGGCGGGACGCGGGUGCGGGCGCGGGCGCGCGGUUGCUGGGGCGGCGGGGGCGGCACGGCGUGGCGCAGCGCGUACUCUGCGCCGGAGCCGAAAAAAAUCGGGGCUCAUAGUGGUGGUGUUCACGGGGUACACGAGGCCGAAGUGGCCUCGUGGACCACAUGA